AUGUAUGGAGGUUCGACGUCCUUUGAAGACGAUGAGUACGAUUAUCUGUUUAAAGUUGUGCUAAUUGGAGAUUCCGGUGUUGGGAAAAGUAAUUUGCUCUCCCGUUUCACAAGAAAUCAGUUCAAUUUGGAAAGCAAAAGUACUAUUGGAGUAGAAUUCGCUACAAGGAGUAUCCAGAUCGAUGGAAAGGUAAUAAGGGCUCAGAUUUGGGAUACUGCUGGUCAGGAACGUUAUCGAGCCAUUACAUCUGCUUAUUAUCGUGGUGCCGUUGGUGCACUGCUGGUAUACGAUGUUUCCAAACCAGCAACUUAUUCCAAUGUGGAACGAUGGUUACGCGAGUUAAGGGAUCAUGUAGCAGACAGUAUUGUUGUCUUAUUGGUUGGCAAUAAGUGUGAUCUUAGACAUCUUCGAGCUAUAACGACGGAAAAAGCAGAAGAGUUUGCUGUACGGAAUGGACUUUCCUUUAUUGAAACUUCAGCCUUGGAUUCCACUAAUGUGGAAGAAGCAUUCUGUCAGAUUAUCCAAGCUAUAUAUAAGAUUAUCAGCUCAAAUCCACCAGUGAGUAAUGUGGCUAUGAAAAUAUCUCCAUAUCAGAAUCAACCGAUUGUUUCACCGGAUACUGAAAACUCUGGUGGAAGUAGACGAUGUUGUAGUAGUUAAGAUCAGGAUUACCUUCCUCUCUUUAUUUUAUCAACUGGUGUCAAUACUACUAAUGAUGAUAAUAAACUGAAUGUUUGAUGAUGAUUGUGACAGUCUUGUUUUGUCAUAUUCGAUGAUCACUACUACUACUACUACUCAAUUCUGUGGUAUGGUGUGUGAGUGUAUGGAUCAUUUUCUUUACAUCCUUUCUAAUUUGUGUUAUAUCUUCAUUGACUGUGUGUUAUUCACACAUUUGUGCACUAAUAAACAAGGUAUAACUGUUCUCUUUCUUCUACCUCUGUUUUACUUUGUUCCAUUUCUUAUUGUUGCUUGUUUAUUGCCUUCUC